CAUCACUAGUAAACUCGGUGGAAGAAGAAGGCGUGGGCUUGAGUUGGUUGAACUUCUUUUUCUUACGCAGCGGCGAUAAAGCUGACUGCUUGUGUACAUUUAUCUAACAACUGAAAUACAGCGCAGAGAGGUCGGAAUGACCUGGAGCACCAGGAGGUUGUGGCGGCCUCAUCAAUAGUGGUCAACACGGCGGGGGACCUGCGGACCUCCAUCUGCAGGGUGGUCAUCUAUCUCCAAAGGGACAUGUCUGGGGACAGCUGCCUACCCCAGGACCUCAGCAAGUCCGAAACCACCUCCCCAGACCUUCCUCUGGCUUGUCCCAAGACCAAGACCUGUAGUCAUCACGGAGCAGUGGGCUUAGGCAACAAGUAUGUUCGGCUCAACGUUGGAGGGAUGCUGUUUUAUACGACGCUGCAGGUGCUGACCAAGCAAAACUCCAUGCUGAAGGCUAUGUUCAGUGGAAAGAAGGAAGUGUUCACAGAUAAAGACGGUUGGAUCCUGAUCGACCGCAGCGGGAAGCACUUUGGCAGCAUCCUGUGUUACCUUCGAGAUGGCAGAGUUGCCUUACCCAAAGGUCGACAGGCCGUCCAGGAGCUGCUGGUCGAGGCAAAGCAUUUCCUCGUCCAGGGCCUAGUGGAGCUCUGCCAAAACUCGCUGCAGGGUAAUAAAGAGCAGCCCAUGUGUGUUAUACCUGUAGUCACCUCAAUUAAGGAAGAAGAGAAGCUCAUCCAGUCUUCUACCAAGCCUGUCGUGAAGCUGGUAUACAACAGAAGCAACAACAAGUACUCCUACACCAGCAACUCUGACGACCACCUGCUGAAGAACAUCGAGCUGUUCGACCGGCUGUCUCUCAGCUUCAACGGCCGCAUCCUCUUCAUCAAAGACGUCAUCGGGGACGAGAUCUGCUGCUGGUCCUUCUAUGGCCAGGGUCGCAAGCUGGCUGAGGUUUGCUGCACCUCCAUCGUCUACGCCACUGAGAAGAAGCAGACCAAGGUGGAAUUCCCUGAAGCGCGAAUCUACGAGGAGACUCUGAACACCUUGCUUUACGAGACGAUGCCGCUGCCCGACAACUCCCUGCUCGAGGCCACGCGUCGGAGAUACAACAACUGUGGCUCUCACAGCGAGGAGGAGGAGGGGCCUGGAGGUCCAGAACUGCGCGAGCGUGUCCGUAGAAUCCACGUCAAGAGGUACAGCACAUACGACGACAGGCAGCUGGGACACUAGGACCGCUGGACAGACCGCAGCUUUUUCUUUUGAUGAUGAUGAACUUAAAGUCCGAUGGAUGCUCAUAUGUUUUUCUUUUAUUACUUUCUGCCGUCUCAGAGGUGCAAGUGAUGGCCUCAGUGAAACUGCACGUGACUGUAGAUGUUCUCUGCUCAUUCUUACUUUACACAUCAUCAGGAUUCAGAGCAGCGUUAAACACCGAAUACCUGCAGCUUUUUCUUUUCUAAUCAAAUUUACAUUUUGAAGUGCAACAAAGAAAACCACUACCAUGCACUGUUUAUUAGAACCAUCAUAGCACACGUAGCAGCAAAGCACGUUUCACAUUUAUUGACUGUAUUUUUCACAGACGCAUUCCCAGGUUGUUGUUUGCCGGUGACAAAUCUGUUGGAUUUACUGGAAAUGCUUUGCCUCGAAGGUGUUUUAAUGGAGUUUUUCAUAAAGCCUCUAAGAUAAAA